UCAUGCUGCUGCCAGGUCCAGAGUGUGUCAUGGGUCCCUGUACGGCCUCCCAUUGCUGCUGUCUCCAUCGCCACACUCUCGCCAUGUGCCACAUUUUUCAGAUCUCCUCACACUGCUGGUGGGUUCCAUUUUGUCAUAGGGUGCUGGCAGAUUACGGGCCUCCCAUUGCUGCUGCCAGCCCGUAAUCUGCCAUGGGCCCCCGUAGUCCGACUCCUCAUGCUGCUGCCAGGUCCCAGGUGUGUCAUGGGUCCCUGUCACGGCCUCCCAUUGCUGCUGUCUCCCAUCGCCACACUACUCCUGCCAUGUGCCCACUUUCAGGUCCUCCUCACACUGCUGGUGGGUUUCCAUUUUU